AUACAACAAGCCAGAGUUUCUCUCCAACCUCUCCAUUUGCUGAAAGCAGGUCUUUGGUUUUUGCAUGGAAAACAAAAAAGUAGGCGUAGUGUUGUACGAAAACAACAAACCAAAAGAAACAUUUUUUUGUGGAUUGAGCUAAUGCAUGGAAUUCUGAUCCGUCACAAUGCCGAGUCUAGGACUGAAGAGGAAAGAGAAUCUCUCUAAGAUGGACAAGGUAGCUGAGGGCUUGCCACAGUUGAGCAAUGAGAUGCAGCUGAGGAUCAUGAACCGGGUGAAGAAGGGAGAGCUGUCCAUCGACGAUGCUCUGAACCAGGCCAGGAGGGACAGAGUCAAUCUCCUGAAACAGCAGAGCCUUUCAAAUGAAGAUCAGCUGCCUUCACAAUACAACUUCAGUAUACACAAGUACAACCGCUACAGAUGGCAGAAGCGAAUCCUUCAGAUUGACUUCAAGACCAAAAUGCUUUGCAGCAUAGAGAGGGGCAUCAUCAAGCGCCAACUUCCCUUUUCCACGGUCAAGAGCUGUGAUGAUGGAGUGGGCUCCAAGUUCUCCAUUUCCUUUAAAGAGCACCAUGACUACGAACUGGAGGCCACAUCUCUGCAGGACAAACAUAAGAUCAUGCAGCUUGUGAAUCAGAUCAUUUAUGGGAAUAUUUACAUCGACCCCGAAGAGGAUGAUGCAGAAUCGAGUCACAGUUCUCCAGAGUCUCGCAGCCUUCGGGAGGGCAUGUUGUUACUGCACAGAGGAGGCCUGGCGUCGUUCAAAUGGGUGAAAUAUGAGGCGCAGCUUCAUCCUGGCCAGCUAACCCUGUUUGCAGUCAGGCAGAGAAUCCUGGCAGACGGCGAGGGGGCGUCCAUGGAGCCUGUAUCCACUGUGAUUCACCUGUCACAUGGUGACACGCGUGUGCAGAAACUGCACGCCAACGACACGUUCACUUUGACCACCCACAAAAACGAGUACCAGUUCAAGGUGCCUAUGCCCGAUCAAGUGUCGGUUUCCAACACUGUCCAGGAAGAGCGGGAUGCCUGGGUCCAAGCCAUCGACAAGCUGUGUUCGGAGUGGAAGAGGAAAUCCAGGAGUGAUCAGGUCUUUGUGGAGCAAGAAAUCCUACGACCUCCCAGCAUACCUGAAGACGCAGAGGAGAAUAGAGCAGAUCUUGAAUCUAGCAGUGGCUGUGGAGGCGUGGUGUACCCCCCACCUGACCACACAACAACAGAUCCCACUCCCACCCUUCCCACAAGCCAAACUCCACCCUUAACUGGUUUAAUAAAACCAAUCCCUAAACCUCGGACUCCAAAGACAGUCGUCAGAGUUUGUGAUGUUCUGGAACCCAGCUCAUCUUUGACCUCUACCACUCCCGUUGUCCCAUCAUCCCCCUCUUCCCCUCUACCUUCUACUGGCUCUGUUGACUUAAAAGUUUCCUCCAUGACGCCAAGUUCUCCAGUUGUGUGUAUUCCACCUCCGCCACCUAUGUCCCUUAGGUUGAAGAGUCCUUUCCGGAAACCGCGCACCAAGGGGUUCCACUGGGAUGUCGUUGGCUCUGACAAGAUCACAAAGUCGUUUUGGCUGCAAGAAGGUGCCAGGAAGGCGGACAUUGACACGUCGCGAUUGCUCGAGCAGUUUGCUGUGAAAGAUGUGGUGACUUUGGGCCCUGCUGAGCCGAGCAAUUCCCAAAACAUAAUGCUCAACCAGAAGAUCGCUCACAACUUCAACAUUUUCCUCAAAAGUUUUCCGGUACAGCCGUGGGAGCUGAAGGACAAACUGUUCAUCAUUGAUGAGAGAGACGGAGGUCUGUCUGAUGAGCACAUCACCUCUUUGAGAAGGUAUGUCCCCACCAUGGAUGAUGUGGAAAUGUACAAAUCUUAUAAAGGACCUGUUACAGAGCUUCACAUUGUGGAUCAGUACAUGAUGGAGAUGUGCAACGUCCCCUACCUGAGCGCGCAACUCGACCUGCUUCUGGCGUUGAGAGAGCUUCCCAGCAGCAUGAACGACCUGCAGCCGCUGAUUAACCAGAAGAUCCGAAUGUGCGCGCAGCUGGACGAGUGCAGGUCGUUCGCCUCCGUGCUGCAGUACCUCCUCGCCAUUGGCAAUUACCUCAACGAGAACGCCGGAAAGGAAAAGGCCACGGGAUUUCGCCUCUCCUCCUUAACCAAACUCUCUCAGCUACGUGGCAGGGACAGGAAGUUCACCUUGCUCCAUGCCCUCGUUGAGCAGAUCAUGUUGCACGAACCGAACUUGGCCUCGUUUACCCAGGAGUUGGCAGAAUUUGAAACUGUCCCUGGAGCUUCCAUCAAAGGGCUGACCGCAGAAGUUGAUGUGCUGAAGAACGAGCUGCAGAAAAUCAGUCAGUUUAAAAAAGCCUCCAAGAAAAGAAGUGGUGGAGCUCGUCACUCGGGUUUUCAGAAGGACUUGGAGAUGGUGGUUGAGAAGUACAAAGAGGAUUUUGCUUCACUGACGAAGAAAUGUGAUGAAAUGAAGAAACUCUACUCCGCCAUCUUGGUUCAGUUUGGAGAGCCGGCAGAUCGAGACUCCAAGGAGUUCUUCGGGGUGAUCAGUCAGUUCCUCCAUGACUUCAGGAGAGCUCACGCUGAAGCCCACUUCCAUGGAGCGUUUUAAUCCCAAAACACGGAUCCCGUUGUCUCCGGUGGACUCCGAUCUUCAGAGUCGUCUUUAAUCCUCCGAUUGGGUCAGAAAUUCGACCGCCGGACUCACAGACACAGAAGGCAGAGCUGAGUCACCUAUUUCUGUCCAGUUCUACAGAAUUCUCCUGAACUCCAGCGAGCUCGGACAUCUGGAACCACGUGAGGCAGCAAUCGGAACUUUGCUCUGGAAGAAAAUUGUUGGACUUUCUCACCAGAUUUUGUACAUUUUUUUUCCUCUUUUCCUGUUGAGGAUUUCCAACAACAGGAGAGUUUUUCACCAAAAUAAAACAAUUUAAACAACAA